AUGACUUCGGCUUUGAAAUCGGCUUCUCUCCGGAGCUUCAAUUUCUCCUCUUUACGCUCAGCUUCAAUUACUGUACGCUUCAAUCAAGUCCGCAAGAUGGCGACCAAUCCGCGGGAUCCGAAUACCGUGAGUAACUACAACAACUGGCGUUCUACCCACAUCACCGCCAAUUUCGAUAUUUUGUUCGACCAAAAGAAGCUGGUGGGCAAUGUUGUUCAUCAAUUCAAGUCCAUCACCAAUGCCGAGUCUCGCGAGAUUAUCCUGGAUACUAGCCAUCUCGACAUCGCCACCGUCAAGGUGAAUGGCCAGCCAUCCAAGUGGGAGUUGCUGCCCCCGCUGGAACCCUUCGGAGUUCCGUUGAAGAUCAGCCUUGAGCAAGGUGUCGAGCUAGAUGGCACCGUUGAGGUUGACAUUGCCGUGAAAACAACCGACAAGUGCACGGCGCUGCAAUGGUUGACUCCAGCGCAAACCUCGAACAAGAAGCAUCCGUAUAUGUUCUCUCAAUGCCAAGCCAUCCAUGCCCGGUCUAUCUUCCCUUGUCAGGAUACCCCGGAUGUGAAGAGCACCUUUGAUUUCAACAUUACUUCCCCUCUUCCGGUCAUGACCAGUGGUCUGCCGAUUCGCGAAUCCUCGGAGUCCAAGUCCGAGCACAAGCUGUAUCGAUUCCACCAGUCGGUGCCAAUUCCCAGCUAUCUCUUCGCCGUCGCUAGUGGAGACGUUUCUGAGGCCCCCAUUGGACCCCGAAGUGUGGUUGCUACCAGCCCUGACAAGCUGGAUGAAUGUAAAUGGGAGCUCGAAGCUGAUACCGAGAACUUCAUCACCACGAUCGAGAAAAUCGUCUACCCCUAUGCAUGGGGCGAAUACAAUGUCUUGAUUUUGCCGCCCAGCUUCCCCUAUGGUGGCAUGGAGAACCCCAUCUUCACUUUCGCAACCCCAAGCAUCAUCUCCAAGGAUCGUGAAAACAUCGAUGUCAUUGCGCAUGAACUGGCCCACAGUUGGAGCGGUAACCUCGUCACCAAUGCCUCUUGGGAGCAUUUCUGGCUGAACGAAGGUUGGACCGUUUAUCUCGAGAGACGUAUUCUGGCUGCUAUGUAUGUCUAUGAGACUCUUGUCUCUCUCAAAUGUUAUGCUAACUAUCAUAGUCACGGCGAAGCGUACCGCCACUUCUCGGCCAUCAUUGGAUGGAAGUCUCUGACUGAUUCUGUGGAGCACUUUGGCAAUGACCACGAGUUCACUAAACUUAUUGUGGAUCUGAAGGGUAAGGACCCCGACGAUGCAUUCUCCAGCAUCCCUUACGAGAAGGGCUUCAACUUCCUGUUCUACCUUGAGAACCUUGUUGGAAAGCCCAAGUUUGACAAAUUCAUUCCUCACUACUUCACAACUUUCAAGUGCAAGUCUUUGGACUCGUAUGAGUUCAAGGCCACCAUCUUGGACUUCUUCCAGUCGGAUGCCGAAGCAUCCAAGCUCUUGAACGAUCUAGACUGGGACAAGUGGUUCUAUGCACCGGGCUUGCCGCCCAAGCCAAGCUUUGACACUUCGCUUGUGGACGUUGUCUAUGAGCUUUCCAAGAAAUGGCAGUCCCUUCCCGGGUCUUCCUUCAAGCCUCAAGCCAGCGAUAUUGAGGGUUUGACCGCAAAUCAACUGGUUGUCUUCCUGGAACAGAUGCUCCUGCUGGAGAAGCCGCUCAGUCCGGAGAUCUCCAAAUUGAUGGGCGAAGUCUACGGUUUGUCCAAGAGUGAAAACAUUGAGGUUUCCAACCUCUAUUUCCAGGUCGGCAUGAAGGCUGGAGAUGACAGCGUCAUUGAACCGACCACUGAGUUGCUCGGCCGCAUCGGUCGCAUGAAGUUUGUGCGACCUCUCUUCCGCAACCUUCAAAAGAUUAACCGCCCUGUUGCCCUCGAAACUUUCGAGAAGUACAAGGACUUCUACCACCCUAUCUGCCGCGGCAUGGUAGAAAAGGACCUCUUUGGCAAGAAAGACAACUAA